AUGACGCACUGGAUGAUCGGGAUCAUCGGCGGAUCGGGCCUCUAUACCAUCGAUGCGAUGGAGGAUGUCGAGACGCUGGUCCUCGACACGCCCUGGGGGGCACCGUCGGAUACGCUUCUUCUCGCAAGGUUGCAGAGAGAAGGAAAAGAGGGGUUCGUGAUUUUGGGCCGCCGCCAACCAUCAAGGAGAUUUUUUCUCCUUCUCCAGCUCUCCGGCGAGGACGGCCUUCCGGAGCCCCGGAUCGCCGAGGCGGUCGCCCUCGACGUGCCCGUCGACGACCUCACCGGCCUCGAUCCGGGCGCCCGCGAGGUCCGGGUCGCCGCGUGCGAGGCCGCGGAGGCCGCCGCGCCGUUCGACCUCGCCGUGCCGCCGCUCCUGCGCGCCCGGCUCCUGCGCCUGGCCGCCGACGAUCACCGCCUCGUCCUGGCCCUCCACCACCUCGUCGGCGCCCCCCUCGCCGGCGGCCUCCGCGCGCAGAGCAGCCCUCCUCCGGCACUUACCGGCAGUCCUGGUGCCGACUUUGCCUAG